GGGUAAACUACACCGAAACACUCAAAUUGGUAACGAAACGAAUUCGCUAACAAAACAGCUCUUCUUUAAACGUAAUUUAGACAAAAAAUCCCGAAUAAAAACUCCAAGAAACUUAAAUACAAGAUAACCUAUUUAAAUCAUAUCGAAAAAAAUAAGUAUGCUUGAUGAUAACCUCUUGGUUGACCCAUCUAUAUCAGUUGCGCGUCGGAACUUCACGAGCGCGGUCGCGUCCGUAGUACCAAAAAAAUACACUUCGGAAAAUAAUGUUCUAACAACAACCGCGAUAAAAAUGGAACACCAAACUCUAGAUAAAACGAUGUCUACAUCACCAAUGUUGCCGAAAGAGGGUGGGGAUGAUAAAAUGGUGAUUAUAACCCCUAGUAACGGGGUGGGGAAGAUUUUAAUUCGGGAGGACACUAUUUUGGCCAAUUUACACGGAUGUGCAGGGUGUGGGAAAAGUCAAUUUACGUGUGGGGGAGUUAAAAAUCAGUGGUCGGUGUUAUGUUGGGGAAAACAAUCGGAAAAGAAGUAUUAUUGCUUAUUGCUCCUGAUUUCUACAACAUUUGUUCUAAGUAUGAUUGGAACGAUAUUUUUUUGUUUCACGAAUACUAUCAACGACGCCAUACUAUCAAGCAUGGUGAUUCGGAAUAACUCCUUAGCGUUCAAAAUAUGGAAGCGGCCAGAUGUACAGCCUCAUAUGAAGGUGCAUAUCUUCAAUUAUACAAACUGGGAGAGAGUGAAAGACGGACUGGAUGAGAAAUUGCACGUGGAAGAAGUUGGACCAUACGUUUACUCACAACAGUUGGAAAGAGUAAAUAUACAGUUUAAUGGCGAUAAGCUAAGCUUUCAAGAAAGGAAUCACUUCCAGUUUUUAGCUGACAAGAGCAAUGGAGCUCACUUCGAUCGUGUUGUAGUGCCCAAUCUUCCUUUGUUGGGAGUGAUUUCGAAAGCAUUAAGUAUGAACCUGAACAGUCUUGGACAAUUGACUUUGAGCUCCGCCAUGACUUGGGCAAAUCAUCCGAACGCCUUCGCCGAAUUACCAGUACACCGAUUCCUAUGGGGCUAUGAUGACAGUAUCAUCGAUACAGCUAAACCCUUCCUGAGUCUCGGAGGGCAACUGAAAUUUGAGAAGUUUGGAUUGCUUGUGACGAAAAACGGCACAGUCUCUGAAAGAUUCACUAUCAAUACUGGAGAAUAUGACAAGGACAAGAUGAACAUCAUCGAACAGUUUGAUGGAAACGACCAUCUUACCUUCUGGGGCAGUCCGGAGUGCAACAGCAUAAAGGCAUCUGAUGGGUCUAUAUUCCCACCGUCACAGCUGGACAAGACCACCACUCUCCACGUCUUCUACCCCAACCUAUGCCGAAGACUGCCUUUUCAAUAUGAGAAGACUAUCGAGAUAGUAGACGGAAUUGAGCUGUACCGGUACAGAAUGCCUAUGAACGUCUUCGAUGAUCCUGGUCACAACCCUGAGAACCAAUGUUACUGUGAGAUUGACACUGCGACCUGCCCACCACGAGGAAUCAUCAACGUCACUGAUUGUACCAUGGUAAAAAACAAGGUUCUCCGCCUCCCCGGAGAUCGUGCGGUAUCCGCAGAUCAUUCGGAUCGCCCCAUGCCGAAGAGGGGGCGACCAUCAUUAGAAAGAGACUUUUCUCUGUAUAUUUACUUGAGAGCCCCAGCUUUGGUGUCGUUCCCCCAUUUCUACUUGGCUGACCCUAAACUUCGUGAGGAUAUACUUGGACUAAAACCUGACCCUUUGAAACACGACUCCUUUAUCGACCUGCAUCCUACUUUAGGAAUAGCUCUCAGUGGAAAAUCUAGUUUACAAAUCAAUAUUCAAGUGAGAAAAAGUGACAUGUUCUCUGCUGUCAAAUUCCUUCCUAAUGGACUUAUAUUACCUGUGGCUUGGAUUGAAAUGAUGAUAGCUAGUGCUGCCGAUAAACAAAUUUUUUUAUGGCUUGAGCCGGUGAACGAGCUGACAAAUCACCUGAGGGUAAGCAAUCAGCAUCGCCCAUGGACACCUGGAAUACCAGAGGCAGCGUUGAAGAGUUACCGGAAGGCCUCAGAUCCCUGGUCUACCACGGCACCUACUCUACAGCCGCAGCCCAACUUGGAUUAACAGUGAUUUGUGUCAUAGCAUUCAUUAGCUCCGGAGUCUGCUUACUCUGCACGUUCACUCGACGAAAACAAAAACCCUGCGCCACAUUAAAAGUUAAAAUACCGACAGAACUUGAAUUAAAAAACCAAAUGUCGUGAAAUAGUUAAUAAUCUGUUAAAAUGUGUUCUAGCCAUACAUUUUUCUAGUGGGGGCUACUGUGUUUUCGCUCACUAAAUGGUAAUGUGGCUCUCUCGUUUUUCAUCCAAUAGGGAAUUAGCUAUUGUCACAAGGAUGAACGUUCGAUAUUUGACAGCUGCAAUGGACACAGUCCUUUGUUUAGAUCUGCGCCAUCUAGUGAGCGGAAAACGGUAACCCCCAUUACAACAUUAAUUAAACCAAAGACAGAAGAAGCCAUUUUAGUUUUUCACAAAAUGGCGGGAUUUUUUGGCGGUAUAAGUGUGAUUCCCGACACUAGCAAUGGCCAGAUAAUACAUAAAAUAUGUUUUGUAGUAUGUUAGGUGAGACGAAAUUACUUACCUUAGAAGUAAUCCAAU